AUGGCAUUCAGCAGGUAUGGCUCGAUUAGGAGUACAUCGCUAAGUGACUUAUCAUCAUCAUCUUCUGCAUUUAGGAGCGGUGCAAACUCAUCUACCAGAAGUUUGCCUCAAAAACAUGGGGUAAUGAAAAUUGAAGAUGCCAGCUUAUCAUCGCUAAAUUUAACAAGUCCGGAAUCAAUAUCAAGGGAAACCUUUGCUGGCGAGAUACUAUCUGUGAGUGAGGAACAAAUUGAAGAGUUUGAAGAAAAGUAUCAAUUGACAGUAACGUUGAAUGGUUUGAACGAUCCAAAAAUGGUUAGUGCUUUGGUACAGUACACUAAUAAGUUUUAUGGAAGAAUUGAGAAUGCUUUGAAUGUGUUCAAGCUUUGCUGUUUGGCUCGCCAAAAACAUAAGACAUUAGAAGUCAUUGGCCUAAUCAUAUGUGAUAUCGAACAAAUAUUGAAUAUACUGACAUAUUUUUGCUUUUUGACUAAAGACUACGAAGAUACCCUAUUCGAUCAAAUAAUUGGAUUGAAAGAUGAGACUGAAAAGGUCUACGCAUUAGUCAAAAAAAUGCUCAAGUAUUCAAUUUUCCCCCCUAUUGAUCCUAAGUAUAUCAAACAAGAAGUCACCUCUGUAGCUCAUUCAAUGAGUGUGGUGAUCAUGGAUAUGAUAUCUUACAUUAUUCAAAGGUUAUUGGCAUUCGUAUCUAUCAAAAAAAGCAAUAAUACGUUGUGGUCAUUUACCAAAGUUUUGCAAAAUAUUGAUAUUAAUAGGAAAAGAGGAUUUCAAAUUACUCAAAAAUUGGAACAAUGGUUGGAAGAAAAGUCGAUAUGUUCCAACUGUCUGAAAGAUAUCUUGAUCCAGCCGUGUAUCAGAGAGCCCCAAUCCAAAAAGAAAUGGCAUAUAAAUUGUUGUGUGUGUUCCACGUGUAAUCAAAAGCUUGUCAAUAAAGAUUUGAUGUCGGCGUUUUUGGAUCAAUCUGGAAGCUUGAUUGUAUGUUACAGGUGUGCAUCUUCAAAUAAUAGUCAAAUUCAAAGCGUUAUCAAAGUUAAUUCCUUUGUGAGAGUUUCAAGUAAACAGCAGGCUGUUUCUUUGCUCAAAGCUAACAUUUUGGAGACGAUUCAGGAAUUAGAAGAUGAAAACUAUGGCUAUAUCUGUCAAGAGUGGGUUCAAUAUUGGAGAAUGGAUAAAGAUGACUUGGCCAAGUAUGAUAGGAAUGUUCAGAAAAUCCAAUCGGCAAUAUUUGAAUUGAUUCAUAGACAACAGUUUUUUGUUGAUUCUGCCGCUGAUUUUUUGGAAAUAGGAGACAAAUAUAUCCAAGAUUCCAUGGAAUCCCCUGAAGAAUUGGACCCAGGUCUAUAUGAUCUUAUAUUCAGACCGGUUAAAGAAUUGAGGAAGAUUCACAAGAGAUUGUUACUUUCCCCAAUGACGAGAUUUUUAUCAGAUCAAGGAAUGAUAAUAAAAAAUCAAAUAUUCAAAUUAUAUCUCAGUUGGAUCACUAAAUCCUAUUAUGCAUACGAUGCUUAUCUUAUCAAAUUGGCAGAAUCAGAAUUGAUCCUAGAUAUGGAUAAAAUGAAAGAAGUUCUGCAUUUACAAAAUUGGAUCAAGCAACAGAACUCUGCUAAAUUUGAUAAACUUCUAUCGGGUGAAUUUUAUUACCAAAUGAUCCAGACAAAAGAAAUCAUGAGAGGCUUAGAGAAACUUUUAGAUAAAGACGACCCAGAGAAUACCAUUGUUUUCCAAACAUCUAUGUUGAUUAACAAGUAUAGUUUCCAGCUUCACUCUGUUCUUGAUAGAGCGGUCACCAGGGCAUAUAUUUCGAGAAUUCAAAAUCUUGAAGUGAAGCGUUCAGAUGUUCAUUAUAAGAAGCACGCAUAUGUGAGAUACAAGAGUAAGGCCACCAAUGAAGUAUUAGACUGUUGUCUUAUUUUAUUGAAUAUGUGCUUGGUAAUCACCAAGUUUUCUCAAGCCAACUCAAUGUUUAUCAAAUUUGCUCCUUUAAUUUACCUUGAGAAUAUUGAAUAUGACCGAGUCGAUGCUAAAGUCUUUAUUUCUGAUAAGGUGAAGAGUGAAAUAGAACCUUACAAGUUUCAUUUUAGGAGCGUCGAGGAGGCAAGUAACUGGAUAAAUAUCCGUUUGUAA